AUGCCUUUGCCUUUGAGUGAAAGAUUAAGCACAGAUGGAAAGCACAAGGCAGAAACAGUCAGGAAGAUCCAUGAGCAGGCCAGAAGGAACAUUGAGGCUAAAACCAAGAAGUAUGCACAACAAGCCAACAAGGGCCGAAAGGAAGUGAUCUUUGAAGUGGGAGACAAGGUUUGGAUCCAUCUGCGCAAAGAGAGAUUUCCGGCCGAGCGCAAGUCCAAACUUAUGCCGAGGAUAGAUGGACCAUUUGAGAUCACCAGAAGAAUUAACAACAACUCCUAUCAAAUCGAUCUUCAAGGUAAGUACAACAUAAGUUCCAUUUUUAAUGUUACUGAUCUUUCUCCUUUUCUUGCAGAUGAACCAGAUUUGAGGACAAAUCCUUUUCAAGAGGGAGGGGAUGAUAUGAUCAUGGAGGAGGUUGCUAGGAACUUGGACCAGAAAGCAGCUGGAGAGCUUGUAGCUGAGGAGGAGCAGCUUGAACCUGAGGAAGCUUUGGAGGCUUUGACUAUACCAACUGGUCCAGUUACUAGAUCACAAACUAAGUUGCUCAACCAAGACAUUGGAAGAGUACUUAGCCGUUUGAGUCGGCGAGUUCUUGAAGACAAGCAUUCCACCUUGGUUUGUUUGAUGGCCAAACACUUGGGAUAA